AUGGAUAUUUCUCCAUUCAAGGGGGCAUAUACUGGUGGAAUAUCAAGUCAUGUGUAUUUACCUCACAAGUUAUGCGUGAAUGGAUACUUGAGCUUUGUAGUCAUUGAAAACGCCAUCGGAACGACUCCGAUAAGUAAGCGCUCUAUCCUUUCUCGCUCUUGUGUAAAAGUUUUUUGUUGUGUAUCAUCUCCUGGCUAUUAUCUUCGUUCGCACGAAGUUGAUACGAAUCACAAGAGAACGAAAUUGCUAAAGCAGAUUGAACAGAAGUCCGAGACGAGAAAGGCGAGAUCACUUGGUUUCAAGGUUAUGAUGGCGAGUCAAGGACGAUUGAGGCAGAUUCAGAAUGGAGUUGGUUGUGGUGUCGCCAGCAGAAAUCGCCGGAGAAGAGGAGGUUGUCCUUCACCGUUCACGUUUGAGAGAAAGAAGGAAGUUAUUAUAUGA